ACGGGAUGCUCUAUUUCUGUCUUUUGGCCCUCAUUGAUCUGGUUUAUUGCUGAAAACGGAACUCUCAGCCAAGAACUAUUCUUCAGAACGGUAGAUUUGGGGUCGAAAAAGGCUGAGGCUGUACAUAGAACCUCGUCAAGAUUUCUCCACUGACAUAGCUGAUGAAGAGUAUAAGAGGACUCUUGCCGGCUUAAUGAAAGAAGCACAUCGCAACAAGCAACCCGAGUCAAUACUCAAAUCCCAUACUUAAAACAGCAGUCAAAAUGCGUACCUCAAUCAUUGUCGCUCUUUCGAGCCUGAGCCUUACCGUUAUGGGUUGCAGCACAGUGACCAAGGUCACCCAUACCUUUUAUGGAUACCCAGAUAACGACCCAGCAGGCCCAGCGACCGCUUACGAUUGUGGCCGUGGCUUCAAGGCUGGUGGUACUGGCACCUAUACCGAUCCCUUGACUUUUGCCUCUGCACCCGGAGAAUUCAACCAGUGUGAGGUCAUCUACGACCCAUACCUGCGCAAGUACCUGCGCUUCGAAGAUUACUGCGCCCAGUGCACCACCGACUGGAAGGCGAACCCAAAGAUCAACCAUAUCGAUGUAUGGACUGGCAGCACCACAGUCAAUGGCGGUCAAGACCAGAUACAAUGUGAAAAUGAUCUUACGCCAGCAGAUCGGAGCCAGACCAUCGUUCGCCAGCCAUCUGCUAAUCUUCCUGUUGACAAAACCAACCUUUAUGUCAAGGGUGCAAGCCCCUCUUGCAGAACUAGCCACACAUAUCCCAGUUAUAACAUUCGCGAUUACUGCUAGACAAAAACAUGGUAGCUGUAUAGCGCAGGAAACGUUUUUGGAGGCCAUACUACGCAUUUGGAGUCGUUUCGUUAUGAGAUUUUCUAUACAUAGGCAUAUAUAAGCGUUGAAGCAGUUUUCCAGAAAACAAGUAGUGCAUUGGAAGUAUUGACACUCAUACCAUGAA